GUUCUUCACAGGGUCUGGGGAGACAAAGGGGCCUGAGGACGGAAAGGCCAUUGCCUCUGGCAAGAGCCCGGCCCUGACCCUGCUGCUGGAGGACGAAGCCUGCUGGCUGAAGACACUGCCCCGGGCCCUGACGGAGGCUGAGGCCAAUGUGGAGAUCCACAGGAAGGAUGGAGCCCUCUGGUGCAGGCUCACCAAGCCAGUGCCAGCAGGGGGACUGCUGAGCGUGCUCCUCACAGCCGAGCCCCACAGCACCCCCAACCACCCUGUGAAGAAGGAGCCUGCAGAGCCCGAGGGCCUGGCUCCCUCACACACUGACAUCCAGCUCCUGCCCCAGCAAGCUGGCAUGGCAUCCAUCCUGGCCACAGCCGUCAUCAACAAAGAUGUCUUCCCCUGCAAGGACUGUGGCAUCUGGUACCGCAGUGAGCGGAACCUGCAAGCUCACCUCCUGUACUACUGUGCCAGCCGCCAGAGUGCCGGCUCCCCUGCCGCAGCCGCCGCUGACGAGAAGCCCAAGGAGCCAUACCCCAACGAGCGUGUCUGCCCCUUCCCUCAGUGCCGCAAAAGCUGCCCCAGUGCCAGCUCCCUGGAGAUCCACAUGCGCAGCCACAGCGGCGAGCGCCCCUUCGUGUGUCUCAUCUGCCUGUCGGCCUUCACCACCAAGGCCAACUGCGAGCGGCACCUCAAGGUGCACACAGACACACAGAGCGGUGUCUGCCACAGCUGUGGCUUCAUCUCCACCACAAGGGACAUCCUCUACAGCCACCUGGUAACCAACCACAUGGUCUGCCAGCCAGGCUCUAAGGCUGAGAUCUACUCGCCAGGAGUCGGGCACCCCUCGGCCAAGCUACCCCCAGGUCUGGCCCAGGCAGGUCCUGCUCCAGCCCUGAAGUCUGGCCCCUGGGGUCUCCCUGCAGACAGUCUACCCGGCUUUCAGCAGCUCACUGCCCUGCACGGCCCCCUGGCCUCCUCCGACCUGGGCCUGGGGUCCACCUCAUCACCAGGACUGGACAGGAAAGCCCUGGGCGAGGCCACCAAUGGAGAGGCCAGAACGGCCCCCCAGAACGGGGGCAGCAGCGAGCCCCCAGCAGCGCCCAGGAGCAUCAAGGUGGAGGCGGCCGAGGAGCCCGAGGCGGAGCCAGGGCCCCCAGCCCCU